UUGUAUAAGAAGAUAGGAGAUAAUCAUAUGAAUUAGUUUUUAUCAUUCCUUUUAUGUAAUUCCUUGUUCUUAGAUACCAAUAGCUCAGGCGGGGUUACUAUUUCAUUUUCACCCAUUAAAAAAAGCAUACACACAAUAUCUCCAAUUUGUGACACAAACUAGCACCCAAAGAUUUCGGUUGGCACCCUAAGAACAUUCCUUAUUUUUAGGAACGAGGCUAGCAUCCAACCUAGCAACUGUCAAGUGACAUACACUUGACAUUGACAUAUUAAAAGUUUAUAGAGAAUAUUUUAUUUCCAUUCAUUCAUUCAUGUAGGUGUCUAUUUGUAUAUAAAUUGUCUGCAUUGAGAUGCCGGAUAAAUUUAAAAUUUUAAAAGUAUUCUGUAUUUAUUCCAAAUAGUUGUAAAUUAAGUGUUGCAGUAAUUACAAUGGAAAUAAAAAUUAAUAGUUUAGAGGUCGUGUUUUAUUUUUGUGUGUGGAUAGUUUCGAAUCUUUACUCCUUACACUUGUUGUUUGAAACUCAAACAGAUAUUUUAAAUAAUAAUAAUGAAUUAACAUAUAGUUUGAGUGAUAUGAGUUCUGGUUGGAGAAUAUUAUCUAGGCCCAAAGAUAUUUCAGAUGUAGAAUGGAGUAGUUGGAAAUAUUUUAUACAAUCAUCAUGGCAUUAUUUGGUGUUCCAAUUUUUUGUCUCCGAGAUAUUAAGAAGAACUAAGUUAACAAUAUUGAAAUAUUGGUACAUAAUGUCAAGUGUGAUAUUUAUUGUUUUCCACAUGGGAUUUAAGCAGUUAUUUGUAAUUUCUGCACAACCAAUAAUAUUCGGUACAAUUAUAUCUUGUGGUGGAAAUAAAAUAAGCAUAUGGCUUACUGGUAUAUUGCUUCUAGUGAGUUAUAACUCACUUAAAUACAAAUAUUUCUUUUGGUAUUUCUUGGAUCGUAAAGAGCUUCAAGAUGAAGAAGUGUACUUGAUUUUAUUUACCAUAGCCUGGAUUGAGUUGAGGUGUAUUAGCUUUUGCAUUGAUUAUGUUGACAAAAAAGAAAAGCAUAGGACUCCUAAUAGUGUUAACCAUAAUUAUCCCACAGUGGUCGAAACCACUGUUGACAUGUUCAGUUAUAUAUUGUAUUUGCCACUUUUGUAUAUUGGACCCAUGAUUCUUUAUCAAGAUUUUGAAAAAAGCUUUUCUAGACCUAAAGAAAAAUUUACAUUACGACUUAAAAUUUUUAUUUGGGAUAUGUUCUUAUUUCUUAUUUAUACAUUUCUAUUGGACUUUGCCUUUCACUAUAUUUAUUUUUUAGCUAUGCAGAACGAUAUGGAGGCUAUUAGAAAAUUGCCCACUAUAGCACUUUGUGGUGGUGGACUGUGGAUGGGCCUGGAAUUUCACAUGAAGUAUGUUAUAUCCUAUGGUACAACUGCUGCAUUUGCUCGAUUAGACAACAUCAACGCUCCACCAACUCCUAGAUGUAUAGCCAGGGUACAUGUCUAUUCCCAGAUGUGGAGAUAUUUUGAUGUUGGUCUCUACAGAUUUCUAGUCAAAUACAUCUACAAGCCUAGUUUCAAUACUUUAUCGAAAUAUUUUGUGUUCUCUGAGUCAACUAACAAAUUAAUAGCAUCAUUUGCCACAUUUGUAUUUAUAUUUAUGUGGCAUGGAACGGUUUGGAACAUAUUUGUGUGGUCAGUUUUAAAUUUCUUCGGAAUUACAUUAGAACACAUAGGCAAAGGCAUAUCAGGAGGUGUAAUGUACAAAUGGUUUAAGACUAAUGUACUAAAGACAGAUGAGAUGGAAACACGUUUUAUUGCUUUAUUAUGUACUCCACUAUUAGCUCUAUCAGCAGUAUCAAAUUUUUAUCUGUUUGGUGGUACUAAAAUUGGUGACUUAUUCUUUGAAUGUGUUCUGAAUCCAUCACUUUGGAAUUCAUUGCAAGUAAGUGUUGCAUUGUAUUCUUGCUGUCAAGUAUCUAUGGCGUUGAAGGAUGUAGGUUCAAGAACAGAUAGAAGAAAGACUGAUGUUACAUCAACAUCCUAAUUUUAGUUCCUUUAGUUUAUUCAUGUAUUAAAAUUUCUGUGAUAUUAGUUGUGUUUAUGUCUAUUAAGAAUACAUUUUGUAUAUUUAACUGACUUGGCUACAUAUCAGUUCCACUCAUUAAGAUUUUAAUUGUCAGUAUUAUAAUUAUUUUAAAAAUAAAUAUUAAUAUUUUUCGUAAGGUUGGAAAUGGUUAACUCACAAAUAACUGUAAGUCAGGCCUUUAAAUAUUAAAGAUAAGUGUAUUUUAUAAAUUAUAUUAAAGUCAAUUUUAUAGUAAGUUCCUCAGCUUCAUGUAAUAGUCAUGAGUAAAUGUCAAUUAACAUACUACUUAAUUUUAUUAAGAUUUAAUUUAAUUUUGAAAUAAUUGCUGACAAUUACCUAUAUAAUUAUAAAAACCCCUGAGGGUACAUUGAAGUUGACUUCUACAUAAAAAUUAUGUUUUGUAUAUAUAUACUACCUAACUACUAAAUGGAUUGUAGUUUACCUAUAUCCAUUUCAACAAAUUAUGAUAUUCAUUCAAUGAUUUUUUUAAACAAAUGAGUCUUCAUGGAAUAAAACAUUAAAAUAAUAAGAAUCAACAAAUGUUAACUCAUGUAUUCAAUUAAAUAUAGAUAUAUAUAGGUAUUAUACAGCUAUAAAUUGAUAUGUAUUGGAGCCUUUUAGUAAUAGAUAUGAAUGUAUGUGCAUUGCUUCUAUUAGAUCAUUUGCGUCGCCUGUUAUACCCGCGGCUUUAUGCAAUUGUAUCAGUUCCUUUCUGGUGAACACAUCUUUGCCUAAUUGGUUUAUUUGUCUUCUUAAAAUGUCUAAGAAUCUUUUCAACUGAAACAAUGUUAUGCCCAAUUAAAAUGUGUAUUUUUGGUAUAUUUUUAUACAGCAAGUAUUAUUUAAGUUUAUAAAAGUAUUAAUAAAAUAUACAUAUGACAUAUAA